AGGGAAAAACGCGGAAAAGGUCGGACAGAGGCGUGGAGUUCAGGAUGCGGAAUUAACGCAUCCGCUGCGCUCGAACUGAACUGAAUAUGGCGAGCACCGAGAGCAAAAGCGGGUCUUCAGAAAACUUUCACACACCCGAGCCAAGUGGAUCGGAGCAGCCGGGCGCGAGAUGGGGUCCACAGCAUGCAGGUGCUCGAGAGCUUGCGGAGUUAUACUCGCCAGGAAAAAGAUGUCAGGAAUGGAUCAGUGUGCUUAUUUGCUUUACCCUCAUGGCCUUCAACUUCUGUUACCUGGUAACAUACUUCCACCUGGGACACACCUGGUACAUCCUCCUGGGCAUCGUGGGAGGGAUCCUGACAGCAGACUUUGCCUCUGGUUUGGUCCACUGGGGUGCUGACACAUGGGGUUCAGUGGAUCUGCCCAUCGUUGGGAAGGCCUUCAUUCGUCCGUUUCGAGAACACCACAUCGAUCCAACAGCUAUAACGCGGCAUGAUUUCAUUGAGACAAAUGGUGAUAACUGUAUGUUGACUAUCAUCCCUCUGGCUAACAUGACCGCAAACUUCUUGCUGCUCUCACCAGCUGAGAUCUAUCGGAACUACCCCUGGUACUGUUACGUCUUUGCUUUAGCCAUUUUUGUUACAUUGACAAAUCAGAUUCACAAGUGGUCGCACACAUAUUUUGGGCUUCCACGCUGGGUGACGUUUCUUCAGGCCUGUCACAUCAUUUUACCACGGAAACACCACAGAGUUCACCACGUUUCACCUCAUGAAACCUACUUCUGCAUUACCACAGGCUGGUUGAACUAUCCUCUAGAAAAACUGGGAUUCUGGAGAAACCUGGAAGAUCUGAUCCAGAGCCUGACAGGAGAGAAACCCAGAUCAGAUGACCUCAGAUGGGCCCAGAAAUCCAAGUAAUCUUCCUCUGCCACCAACCCACCUCCCCUACCUCAGACCUGCUAUUCGGAGAACGGUCUUUCUCUAUCUGUCCUCCCUCAGAUAGAACAAGAGGAAUAGCGAGAUAUCGAAGCCCAAAUUAGAAAGCCAUCAAUUCUUCAAAACAUUUAAGAGAAAGGGGGUUGACAGAGUGAUUGAAAGCAAUAUCCCACCUGUUCACUCUAAAGAUCCAAACAUCUAAAUCCUUAUUGAAAACUUGAGAAACACUCUUUAAAGUGCAAAAAAAACAAAAAACAAGCAAAUUUAAAAUGCCAAUACGUGAACAAAUUGGGCUCUUUUCUGGACACCUUCUCAUCCUUCAACUGCUCAAAGCUUUGCUGACUAGCUUGUUUCUGAGGGACUGGCCUGUGCUCUUGGGUUUGGCCUUUGUGACUGAUAUCUCUUGCUCUCACCCUUCUCUUGUUUGGGGAUAAAGUGCAGUAAACUCAAGGCAUUUUGGCUCUUUGAUACAGAGGGCUGAAAACAUGUGUCUUCAUCUGUUGCUUGUGUCUGAACGGACAGAGCAGCAUCAUAUGCAGUCUUACUUCAGUAUGCCUUAAAAGACGAAUCACAAGAAUCUUGCUUUGCUUGGCCUCAUCCUUACACUUCUUUAAUUUCUUUCAUAAUUAAUACUUUUGAAGCACAUUUGCAAAUUCAGAGGUGCUGGAAGCAGUCAGCUCUUGACCGAGUAUAUUAGAAGUAUUUCCACACAAAGGUUAAUAUUUAGGUGUUUCAGUGUGAAUAAGCCAUGAGAUCUACACCGGUGUCCUCGCUGCUCAACACUGAGAUAACAAAACCCAUUAGACACUCAGAAAAGGCCUCAUAUGUAUCCAUUUUUAUUUUGUAUUAACUUCAUCGAAGGGUAGGUUGAUGCGAGCUUGACAAUCUGACUGACACUUUCACUCCAUGGCUUGAGUUUUGGGUUAGCGUACAUUGUUACUUUACAGUUUAAUGUUCAAUUUAACGCUAGCAUGUUAAAUCACACUGCUCGUAGUUCUUAUUUAAUAAUAAUAUGAGAUGUUAAAGGCAAUUAGAGCAUGAUGAAAAUGACAGAAUCAACAUCUAGCUGUCUAGUGACUUACAACUACUACUAACUGCUUAUUUAAUGAGCGUUAUACACAUUUUCUUUUAUAAAGCUGCAAUGAUGAUUAGAAAAAAAAUAAUUUACUUGACUUUAUAUUUUAAUACAGCACUAGUCAUAUUUUUAAUUAUUAGAAAUAUUUAAAAAAUCUUUCACUAAUAAGAAAAAAAAAUUCUUUGGAUCGUUGCUUUGCUUUAAAAAGUGUUGCUAUUCAAGCAAUGUAGUUUAGGCAGUGUUUAUCAUGUGUGUGGUUACCAUAGUAACAGUCAUCUUAUAAGAGUGAGGAAAUGGAAGAAGAAAUGAACAAUAUUUAAUAUCAAAUGUUACAUAAUUGUGAUCAUUUUUGUUGUGCCAUUUUUUUUUUAUUUUUUUUUACUUUUUUCUAGCAGAAUAAUAACUGUUACACCCUGUUUGCACAGAUGAUUAUCAGUGAAAAUAUUUCUGAUCUUCAGCCCUUCAAAACUCAAAAACUGUAAAUGUCAACCUAAUCAAGUCAUAGUUUAUAGGUUUUAUGCUUGUGUUAAUAUUCAUGCCAAAACCUUGUUACCGUCAACAGCAAUGCGGCAGUUGUUGUGUUUCAAUAGGUCAGUAUGGUGAGUACAUGUUUAGAUAGGUCAGCUCUACAGAAGGUCAGAGAAUGUGUUUUAGAGUGCAAAUUCAUUUGUCCAGAGUUGUAAAACUGUUACAAUGGAGUCAGCCAGAACUGUAAAAAAGCAUAUAUGAGGCGUUUUGAGUUGAUUCAUGUGUUACGUCUUAUUUUCCUCCUUUUCUGAAUUCAGGAAGAUUUGUUUAGUGGAAUGUUGUGGUAUUUUUGACAGUCGACUAAUAUCUUAUAUAUUUCUAUGCUGAUUCAAGAUGCCAAACUUAUUUUUGCUCAGCUAAUAGAUCUGUUGUGGUGUGUUCGAUCGGUGUUUAUUUGAAGAGGACACUCCAGUGGUGAUUUUCACUGUACGGGGAACUGGAGCUUAAACCAAUUUGAUUUAGUAAAAUGUUACAUUUGUCA